AUGGUUCGCGGUCAACUGCCCUCUCCGCCUCACUCAGACGGACAUCCCACUCCUGAACCUCACCGGGAAGGUUGCGGAAUCAUCCACCCAUUAUACGCACACGACGACAUACUAGGAGCCGGAAUGACCAUGGACCAUACACAGCAGGCUGUGGCUUUCGAAUCGUCAAAUCCCCCGCGGUAUCUUACCAAUAACGGUUACUUACAACAACCGAUGGCGACCCAUAGCAUUCAAGUCAACACACCACCAUCUACCUCAGAUGAGUGCAUUGUCUCGGAGCGGACUUCAUCGGCCUGGCCUCAAAGGCCUGCCAAUCGCGGAAAGGGAAAGAGUGGCAGAGGUAGUGGUGGUCGUAAGCCCAAAACACUGCACGCCAGAGAUGGCCCCUCGUUACCCGGCCCGUUGAGCGAGUUGACCAAGCAUCUGACCCAUGUCCCCAUCAGGGACAUGGAAAGCUGGGUACAUCGACCCAUUGAGGUUCGUCGCCAGGAAGUCACCAAAAAGAAUGGUAAAGUUGCCAGACCUAUGAAUUCCUUUAUGCUCUACCGCUCAGCAUAUACGGAGAGAACCAAGAAGUGGCUGAGCCAGAACAAUCAUCAAAUAGUGUCAGUGGCUGUGGGCCAUAGCUGGAAGAUGGAGCCACCAGAGAUUCGCAAUAAGUAUGAAGUCCUAGCGAACAUCGAAAAGAAGAACCAUGUCAAGGCGCAUCCCGGUUACAGGUUCUCUCCAAAGAAGGACCAUCGAAGAGGCGAUGACCGUCGCAACAGUCGCCUGGACCACACACCUGAUUCUAGUCCUGGCUUGGGACAGACCCCCCGUACGAUGAGCACAUCAGAAAUGGGAAGCGGAUGGGGCAGUCGCGACUCAACCCCUCUAGGUUUCAUGGAGCAUGGCCUGCCCACUGGUUAUCUCAGCUCUUCCUGGCAGACAACCAACCCCGGUAGGCCAGCCCCAGGCAUGCUACCUCCCUCGCCACCAGAGCCAACUCAGUACCUCCAGCAAUCAAUUCAUCAGAGCCUCAUGGGCUCCCAGGUGGAAGAUGUCCGCUUCAACCGAGUUGACAUGCAAGAUCUCCAGUAUUCUUCUUCAACGGCUUUGGCUGGCCUACCAGGUGCCACUCAUCAUGAACUUCUUCAGCCGCAGACCUCUGUUCCUACACCGGGAGCUGGUGCCGAUGGUCAACUAGAUCCACAGCUGCUUGGCUUCCAGGGCAAUCCGACCAAUGGCGGAGGGAGUCAACCCUAUGGCAAUACGCACUACCAUCCCAUCUGGCAAGACUCGCAUGCAAGCAACAACUACGCUGCAGCCUCGUCACUACCGCCGACCACGGUACCAUAUGUAGCUGGCGCGGCUUUCACGCCGGGCAUGCAACCGAUGAUGGAUGGUCGCGACGCGUGGGAGUCAAGCCAUGACGGGACCAUUGACACUUCCGGUACAGAGUUUGAACAUUGGAUCAAUCCUCAACCGGCUGCAUUUUAG